AUGGUAGAGUUCGGCACUUUAGACGGGGAGGAGGGCGAAACUGCGUUCGAGAAGUUCAUCCAUUCGAUGGAGAAGGCGUCAUGGAUAAAUAAUGACUUCAGUUUUGACGACGAGAUAUCAAGGCAGUACGGAUGCGAAGUUCAUUCAUUUGAUCCAAGCAUGAACCAGAAGAGCUAUAAGCGACGUGAAAAGUUGUUUUUCCAUAAUAUAGGAAUGUCGGAUAAGAAUGUUCACAUCCCAGCCGGCCAGAAAGGAUGGGAAAUGCGAACACUCGGGGCGAUGAAGCAGGAGCUCGGUCACGCCAAGCGGCAUGUUGAUGUCUUAAAAAUGGAUAUUGAACAUUGGGAAUGGAAAGUUCUCCCAGAAGCCAUUGCGAGCGGUUUCCUGAAUGACGUCACAACUCUCGAUCUGGAGCUUCACAGCUGGAUCAUAGAAAAGGGCACUUAUAUCCUUGAGCCCCCGGCUGAAAUCUAUUUGGGUUAUUUGAAAACUCUUAGACAAUUACACCAACUUGGAUUCCGUAUUUUCUUAACUCACAAAAAUCUUGGAUCCUGUCAAUUCAAAUCUAAGUUUGGCAUGAUGAGGACCAGCUGUCAGGAGAUCGCCAUGGUGCAAACAGAGAAGAGGGGUUCGUAA